UGCUUAAUUAAUUUCCAUUACACACUCAAGAUGGAUAGCGCUCACAAAUUUCGAUGACAAUAAUUUGGAUAAAACCAAUAAUCACGCAAUUAGAAUAUGGAUCAGAAAAAACGCUCUGGGACAUGGGAAAUACUUGAUGGAAAAUAUUGAAAAUUUAAUGAAAGCUUUUAAAAAUUAUACUGGUAUCUCGUACAAUGAAAACAAACAUGUAAAAUUUGAUUUUGUUGUACUGCCCAACUUUCAAACGUCGAAAUAUAAUGGUGGAGACUUCAUUUAUGUCGAUGAGGAAUUAUUUGUUGAAGAGGAAUACACUGCAACUGUUGGCAAUGAAAAAUUUUUCCGCGGCAUAGCAAAAUUAAUGAUUAAUUAUGCAUUCGAAAACUAUAAUCCUAGUAUAUUUCGUGAAUACGGAUUAUUGACAGUUACUCUUAAAGAAUAUCUGAGCUACCAUAUAACCGAUGAGGCUUUGAAAACAUGGAACUUAAUGGAUGUAUAUGCUUAUCGUCAACGAUUCGGUAUCUUUGAAGAUGAUUAUCUUUAUAGCCGCAGGAAAUACCAGGGUGCAAAUUUUUAUCCGAAACUAAAUAGAGAUUACAACAGUAGCAAAGCGAUAAUAACGCAGUCGCAGGUUUUGGAAAGAAAGGAUACAGAUGUAGCAGCUAAAUACUGGUUACCAAUGAAUUUCGCAAGUGAAAGUGAUGCUGAUUUUAUUAAUACGACUGUUACUGGUUGGUUUGAUCCUGAAACGGCAUCAAUUGAAAUUUCAGCACCCCCUCGAGAUAAGUGGCUCAUAGCCAAUAAACAACAGUUCGGCUACUAUCGUGUUAAUUACGAUGAGGAAAAUUGGAAACUAAUUAUUCAGUACCUCAAAUCGAAUAAUUAUCAUAAAAUUCAUGUGCUCAAUCGUGCACAGCUCAUCGACGACGCAUUUGUUUUAGCUGAAUUUGGAUACCUGAAUUACAAAAUCGCUUUUGAUUUAGCGAAAUAUCUCACAUUAGAAACAGAAUACGUUCCGUGGGCUACGUUUUGGGAAAAAAUGUUCCGUUUGUUUCAAUUCUCCUCGAUAUCUAAUUCACAAUAUUAUGAAAGCUUUAAGAAAUCGAUUUUGGAGUUAUCUGAAAGCUUAGAAAGAACUAUCUUGUCCGAUGAAGUAUCAACCGAUAAAGAUCCGAUGAAUUUUUUGAAAAGACUUCAAAAAAUAUCAUUUAUAAAAUGGACUUGCUUCUAUGGAUCGGAAUUAUGCAGAAGCUAUGCACUCACUAAACUCGAAAAUUGGCUCACUGACCCAGUUCAACAUCCACUUUUGCCGGAUAUCCGGCGAGAAAUGCUUUGUGCUGGAAUUCGUGGUGCCGAUAAAGAUACAUGGAAUAAAUUACUAAGCAAGUUUUUAAUUAACAAAGACGAUGACGUUUUGUUGGCACUCAUGUGUUCAUCAGACUAUCAACUGUUGCAAAAAUUAAUGACAAUGUUUGUAAAGGGUGAAUUAAUUGACAAAAAUCCGUGGUUAUUUUUCGUGGGAAUUGCGCAGUACAGCACUAAUGGUGUAGAUGCUAUUUUAAAAUUCAUCGAUAAUAAUCAAGAUUUAAUCCACAAAACCAACAACCCACUCAACCUGGUAGACGAUAUUUCCGUUGUCAUUGAGGAGUUCAUCAAAAACGAUGAUCAACUUGAGAAAUUCGAACAGAUGUUAAACAACUACGCGGAUUAUAUUACCGCAGAGAGUGCUCAUAUGCAUCGAGAUACCGCUUUAUACAGAGUAGAACAUGCGAAUCACAUAGUCCACUCAUUUAAAGCUUAA